AUGGCGUAUGGAAGCUUGGUGUAUGGGUCUGCCUCCAAGUCUGUGCUGGCCGGGCUGGAUGUUGAGAUGGGAGAAAUGCCUUUGUGUCUGCGGAGAAAACAGCUUCAGGCUAAUUACUGGGUGAACCUGAUGGGUCAAAGGGACGAUCACCCUUUCAUAAAGCCUUGUAUUUAUCACUCCAAUAUAUUUUUCCUAACUCCACAGCCUAAAGGAAAGAAGGCUAAGGGGAAGAAGGUGGCUCCGGCCCCUUCUGUGGCCAAGAAACAUGAGGCCAAGAAGGUCGUCAACCCCCUCUUUGAGAAGAGGCCCAAGAACUUUGGCAUCGGCCAGGAUAUUCAGCCCAAGCGUGAUUUAACACGCUUCGUGAAAUGGCCUCGUUAUAUCCGCCUGCAAAGGCAACGCUCCAUCCUCUACAAGCGUCUGAAGGUUCCCCCUGCAAUCAACCAGUUCACCCAGGCUCUGGAUCGCCAGACUGCCACCCAGCUGUUCAAGUUGGCCCACAAAUACAGGCCAGAGACCAAGCAGGAGAAGAGGCAGAGGCUGCUCGCUCGUGCUGAGCAGAAGGCUGCUGGAAAGGGAGACACUCCCACCAAGAGGCCUCCUGUUCUUCGUGCAGGUGUGAACACCGUCACCUCUCUGGUGGAGAGCAAGAAGGCCCAGCUGGUCAUCGUUGCCCACGAUGUGGAUCCAAUUGAGCUCGUUGUGUUCCUGCCUGCUCUGUGCCGGAAGAUGGGUGUCCCAUACUGUAUCGUCAAGGGCAAGGCUAGACUGGGCAAACUGGUGCACAGAAAAACGUGCACUUCAGUUGCCUUCACAACGACUAACCCUGAGGAUAAAGGUGCACUUGCUAAGCUUGUUGAAGCUAUCAAGACCAACUACAACGACAGAUAUGAGGAGAUCCGUCGUCACUGGGGAGGCAACAUCAUGGGUCCCAAAUCCACAGCCCGCAUCACGAAGCUGGAGAAGGCUAAAGCCAAGGAACUGGCAACCAAGCUUGGUUAACAUGUUUAAAAUAAAAACAAAUAUCGUAA